GGACACCGCCCGGCCGCAGAGAGACUCGCCCCGCCGCCGCCGGGGGCGGAGCGGGACCGGGGGCGGAGCGGAGCCGGGCUAGACCCGGGGCGGAGCGGGGCCGGGUUGCGUCCCGCGGCCUGCUUCUGGAGCGCGGGAGGCUGAGGGUGACAAAACACAGAACCAUCUCAGGAUGUCUGUAAUUCAGCAAGGCACAGCAACACUUCGGAAAGCAAAGAAAACCACUGUAAAAACGUGUCUAGAUAACCCCUUUGUUUUCCAGUGGAAAACCAUAGAUGGAGAAGAUAUGCAUUUUAUACUAGAGACCUUAGAAGAAAGGAUUAAACAUAUUGGACUUAAAAAGAUAGAAAGUCCAAGAAAGAAAAAACGUUCCCUUACAAAAAAACAAGCAGAAAGAAACUGUGAUGCUGGCACCAAUGAUUUCCCUAAAGAGGAAGCAGAAAGCCACCAGCAAAAACCAGGAUGGACUGACAUAAGUAUCAGAAGACAGCUUGCUAUUGGAGUUAAUGAAGUUACAAAAGCAUUGGAAAAAAAUGAACUUCUUCUCUUGCUGGUGUGCAAGUCUGCCAAACCUGCCAUGAUCACAUCACACCUGAUCGAGCUGAGCGCGAGCCGCGCCACGCCGGCAGGGCAGGUGCCGCGGCUCAGCGAGACCGUCGCGCCCCUCCUUGGCUUAACGUCCAUCUUAGCACUCGGCUUCAAAAAGCAGUCUGACAAGUUCACUGAGGCAAUAGCAGCAAUAAUUCCAAAGAUACCGGCUUUGGAAGUGCCGUGGUUUCAGUACAGAACUGAGGAAUCCAUGGCUUACGCAGAUACAGAUUCUUCAGAAAGUCUGGAACCCGAAGAGCUUGCAGAGGUGCUGGGGGAUAAGCUCACAAGUCAGAAGCGGAAGCAUACGGAAAGCAAUCAGCCUGAUCUUUCACAUGUAAUUUUGCAGCCUUUGAAAAUCAAGAAACUUGUCCCAAAUCCCAAUAAGAUAAAGAAACCACCUCGCAAAAAGAAAAAGGCUUUUUCAGCGUAAUUGAGUUUGGUUCUUUCUAUUAAACAGAUUUUUAAAUGCAGGAUGGAGUACAGUUCUAACAGUUCUUUUAGGCUUUACAGUGUAAAGGUCUUGAAUACAAGGUGAACUUAAUGUUGCAUUUGGCUGAGGUACUUUCUGCUUUAAUAAAAAAUAUUGCUCAGA